AUGCAACUGCGCUCUACUGUGAUUUACAAUGUAUGGGUUGCGUUAAAGCUAUUCUUUGGCACCGAAGAGAUAAGAAUGACAGUAAAAUUUGAAAACUUAAAACCAGAAAAUGAAUCAAAGGAAAAGAAUGCCCGAUGGAGAUUACUCUAUGUUGAUGACAUGAUGAACACCGGAGAGUUUAGCAUUACUCACGAGUUCAGUUAUCUGACGGGUAAUGAUUAUUAUAUCGAUGUUUACAACUCAAAAAAGGAUAGGACAACUUCAACGUAUCGCAUUUCAAUUCGUCACUUUCGGGCGGAAUUUCUGAAAUGGAUUGAUAAUGUCAUUGUGAUGUUCAAUGCCACUUUGAAUGCACUCGCUUUUGAUAAUAUCUGUCACCCAAAAGUAAUGAAAUGGAUAGAAGAACGAAAGCCAUCGCUCGAUAAACUGGCUGUCGAUUGCAGUUUUCCUUCUGUAACAAUUCGAAAUAUUUUGAAUUAUUGUCAUCCGAAGAACGAAUUUUACACCAGAUGUGAGGUAUUUGAGCCGAGUGGUUGGACACCUUCAUCGGAAACUACUAAAAGCACUCAUGUAACAAACUCUCUGGACUUUAAUGAUUUAUUGAAACUGGGCGUCCCAAUUAUCAAUUCACAAUGCACCGAAUUCACUGACAAUGUGCUCAAUGAUUUCCUGAAAAACUGGACAACAUCUAUGAGAAAACUAGAAUAUCUAUCGGUGGUUCGGACCCCCAACAAUCCAGAAAUUAAUGAAGAUACAGUAAUCGAAGGAUUGGAUGUGACAAGAAUGGAACAAACUGUACGAUUCGAGAGAGGAGGAAGAACGUUUUCUUUCACUGGUUACAGUAUUCUAAAUGGUAGAGGACAGAAGGCGGUGUUUGGAAUCGAUCGAGGAUUCUUGCCAAUGUUGAAGAACAUAAAUUACAGUUUGAUCAGAUUGAACUAUGCUAUCGAUCCGGCUAUUCUAGAAGAAUACCUAUUUCUUUCACCAAAUCAAGAGACUAUUCAAUUCGAUAUAAACUUGAAAUCUGAACUGGAACAGAAUUCAAAAAUCUAUGAAACUGAGCAUUUGCGUGUCGCCAGUCUCGGUCAACCGACUGAUCAUUUCUUACUCAAUUUCAGUGGUCGAUCUCUAUUUCUAGAGAAUACGAAUGUCCAAAAGGAGACAAUAAUCGAAUGUCUGAGAGCGUGGAAUUCUGAUAUGAGAUAUCAAAAUUUAAACUUUUUGUCGAUUGAACUAUACGAUGUGUUUACUGAUGUUCGCCAAAUUAUGAAUCAAUUCAAUGUGAAGGAAAUUGAGAAAGAACGAAAUCCUCCGGUUUUUAUGAUACCAAGAAGAUCAUUUUUCCUGUCGGGCACUUAUUCUGUAGAAUUGGCCAGUAGACGUUAUGUGGUGAACGAAUCAAAUGGCCACGUAGCAACCUUUUCAAUGUCAAACAAAAUUUUCGCUUUCGCAGUUUGGAGAAUGACAGAAAAGGAAUUUCUUGACAAAGUUUCAAGUUAG